AUGAACAAAGUUCUUGCCUACAAUACUAUCAGCCGCAAGCGGCCUCUAGUGCUCGCCUUUGCUGGUCUCUCGGGUCAUGGCAAAACGGAGCUGGCGACUAGCCUUGGUUACCUCCUGGGCACAGACAUGUGUAAUGUCGAUAUGAGUAAGACGCGCUCUGUGACCGGUUUGUUUGGCGCUGCUGCUCCGUAUCAGAAUCAUGAUAAGGUAUCACCGUUGAACAACUACCUUGCCAGCCAUACGGGCGAAAGAUGUGUUGUGUUCCUGGAUGAAUUUGACAAAACAACGCAAGAAGUUCGUGAAUCUCUACUUACAAUCCUUGACUCUGGUAAGCCGCCUCGACCCGUUGGUCAUCUAAAUCUCUCUCUUUCAAAAGAUGGAGAACUCUGCAAGUUCCUUGCCGAAAAUUACAUUCAAGAGCUCGGAGCGAGAUCCAUCCAGAAUGGUAUCGACAACCUCGCAGAUGAUCUGUUCAUGGACUACACCGUUCCUGUGGAUGAAAUCACGGAAGCCACUAACAGCAAGCCUCAUGUCAACUACACGAUGAGCCUCCAUUCAGAUGCCCACAGCGCCGAAGUCAUGAUUCACUCAAUCGGUACAACACUUAUCCCGUCUGGCUAA